GAAGAUCCCUGGAAGGAGCACGAGAAGCACUCUCCAGACUGUCCUUAUGUCAAACUUGGCCAACCAUACGAAAAGUUGACUCGCAAUCAGAUUGUGGAGUUGGAAACCAGUCGUUUCAAGUACUUCUACACUGAUGUGUUUUCUCGAGCAGUGGACCCUAGGAUAAAGCGCCUGGAUGGAUUCAUAGAAGCACUGCAUGCCGCAGCCAGCGCCUACGAGCCGCAGGAAAGAUCAAACACCACCACCAGUUCAAGCCGGUCGCGCCGAACCACCCGAACGAAAAAGGGCAAAUAG